CCGGGCGUUGGCGUGGGGGGUGUCAGCGGCGUCCUGUGAUGGCGGCGGCGGGGCGCCGGCAGCCGCGGCGGCCGGGCGCGCGGGGCGGGCUGUGCCGCUCCUAACUCGGCGUCGGGCCCCUGCGCCAUGGCGAGGAGCCGCGUCGGGCGGCGAGCCUGAGGCGGCGGCAGCAGCGGAGGGCGCGGCACUGCCGAGGGGGCCCCGCCGCGGGGGCCGCGACCCGCCCCGCCGGGGAUGUUGCGGUGGGUCCGGCAGCAGCUGGGUUUUGACCCACCGCAUCAAAGCGAUACAAGAACUAUUUAUAUAGCAAAUCGUUUUCCCCAGCACGGCCAUUAUGUUCCUCAGAAGUUUGCGGACAACAGAAUCAUAUCAUCCAAGUAUACAGUGUGGAAUUUUGUUCCAAAAAACUUAUUUGAGCAGUUCAGAAGAGUAGCCAACUUCUAUUUUCUGAUUAUUUUUUUGGUUCAGCUCAUGAUCGAUACCCCUACCAGUCCUAUUACCAGUGGAUUGCCAUUAUUCUUUGUCAUAACUGUGACAGCCAUAAAACAGGGUUAUGAGGACUGGCUACGACAUAAAGCAGACAAUGAAGUGAACGGUGCUCCGGUUUAUGUUGUUCGAAGUGGUGGCCUUGUAAAAACGAGAUCUAAGAACAUUCGGGUGGGGGACAUUGUCAGAGUAGCCAAAGAUGAGACUUUUCCUGUUGAUCUGGUGCUUCUGUCAUCUGAUCGAGUUGACGGUUCAUGCCAUGUUACUACUGCAAGUUUGGACGGAGAGACCAAUCUUAAGACACACGUUGCAGUCCCAGAAACAGCAGUGUUACAGUCUGUUGCCAACCUGGACAAACUCGUAGCUGUCAUAGAGUGUCAGCAGCCCGAAGCAGAUCUGUACAGAUUUGUUGGAAGAAUAACUAUAAGUCAACAAGCUGAAGAAAUCGUACGACCUCUUGGGCCUGAAAGUCUCUUACUUCGUGGAGCAAGAUUAAAAAACACUAAAGAAAUAUUUGGUGUUGCAGUGUAUACAGGUAUGGAGACAAAGAUGGCAUUAAAUUACAAGAGUAAAUCUCAGAAACGGUCAGCAGUAGAAAAGUCCAUGAAUUCCUUUUUGAUUAUUUAUCUAAUAAUCCUCCUCUUUGAAGCCAUUCUGAGUACUAUUUUAAAGUAUGCGUGGCAAGCUGAAGAAAAAUGGGAUGAGCCUUGGUAUAACGGAAAAACAGAGCAUGAAAGAAACAGCAGUAAGAUCCUGCGAUUUAUUUCAGAUUUUCUUGCUUUUCUGGUACUUUACAAUUUUAUCAUACCUAUAUCACUUUAUGUGACUGUUGAGAUGCAGAAAUUUCUUGGAUCUUUUUUUAUUGGCUGGGACCUUGACCUCUAUCAUGAAGAAACAAACCAGAGAGCACAAGUAAAUACUUCAGACCUCAAUGAGGAACUGGGACAGGUAGAGUAUGUGUUUACAGACAAAACUGGUACAUUAACUGAAAAUGAGAUGCAGUUUCGGGAGUGCUCCAUUAACGGCAUAAAGUACCAAGAAGUCAAUGGUAAACUAACUCCAGAGGGGUUUUCUGAAGAUUCUCCAGAUGGAAAUAGGCAUAGUUUGAUGAAAGAGGAAGAACUCUUCCUGAAAGCCGUUUGUCUCUGUCACACAGUGCAGAUCAAUGCAGAUCAGACCGAUGGUGCUGAUGGGCCCUGGCACGCCAAUGGCAUCGCAGCCCCGCUGGAGUAUUACGCUUCUUCACCGGACGAGAAAGCUUUGGUGGAAGCUGCAAGCCGGGUUGGAGUGGUAUUUACUGGAACUAGUGGGGACAGUAUGGAAAUAAAAAGUCUUGGAAAACCAGAAAGGUAUAAAUUGCUUCAUGUUUUGGAGUUUGAUCCAAAUCGCAGACGAAUGAGUGUCAUUGUAGAGAGUCCCUCAGGGGAAAAGCUCUUAUUCACAAAGGGAGCAGAAUCUUCCAUUCUUCCUCGUAGUAAGAGUGGAGAAAUAGACAAAACCAGGAUACAUGUGGAUGAAUUUGCCUUGAAAGGACUAAGAACUUUGUGCGUAGCCUACAGAAGAUUCACGCCUGAGGAGUACCAAGAGGUUGGCAAACGCCUGCAUGAGGCCAGGACUGCCUUACAGCAACGGGAAGAGAGAUUAGCAGAUGUGUUCAACUUCAUAGAAAGGGAUCUGGAAUUACUUGGGGCUACAGGAGUAGAAGACAAGCUGCAGGAGAAAGUCCAAGAAACCAUAGAAGCACUCAGGUUGGCCGGUAUCAAAGUGUGGGUACUCACUGGAGAUAAGCACGAAACAGCCGUUAGUGUCAGUUUAUCGUGUGGACACUUUCACAGAACCAUGAACAUCCUUGAGCUCGUGCAGCACAAGUCAGACAGCACGUGCGCAGAGCAGCUGAGGCAGCUAGCCAAGAGAAUAAAGGAAGACCAUGUUAUCCAGCACGGCCUGGUUGUGGAUGGGACCAGCCUCUCUCUUGCACUCAGGGAACAUGAAAAACUGUUCAUGGACGUUUGCAAAAACUGUUCAGCAGUGUUGUGCUGUCGCAUGGCACCCCUUCAGAAAGCAAAGGUAGUGCGACUGUUAAAAACGUCUCCAGAGAAACCUAUAACAUUAGCGAUCGGUGAUGGUGCUAACGAUGUGAGCAUGAUACAGGAAGCACACGUUGGCAUAGGAAUCAUGGGCAAGGAAGGAAGACAGGCUGUAAGAAACAGUGACUAUGCAAUAGCACGGUUUAAAUUCCUCUCCAAAUUGCUUUUUGUUCAUGGGCACUUUUACUAUAUUAGAAUAGCAACCCUUGUACAGUACUUUUUUUAUAAGAAUGUGUGCUUUAUUACACCACAAUUUUUAUAUCAGUUCUUCUGUUUGUUUUCACAACAAACGCUGUAUGACAGUGUAUACCUGACUUUGUACAAUAUUUGUUUCACUUCCUUGCCUGUCCUCAUAUACAGUCUUUUUGAACAGCAUGUGCAUCCGCAUGUAUUACAGAGUAAACCUGUGCUUUAUCGAGACAUCAGUAAAAAUGCCCAUCUGGGGUUUAAACCAUUUCUUUACUGGACCAUCUUGGGCUUCUUUCAUGCAUUUGUUUUCUUUUAUGGCUCGUAUCUUCUAAUGGGAGAAGACACUUCUCUGCUGGGAAAUGGCCAGAUAUUGAAACCUAACAGGCAAAUGAUGUUUGGAAACUGGACAUUCGGUACUUUGGUCUUCACCGUUAUGGUUAUAACUGUUACGAUGAAGAUGGCACUAGAAACUCACUUCUGGACAUGGAUAAACCAUUUUGUUACUUGGGGAUCCAUUGUGUUUUAUUUCAUAUUCUCCUUGUUUUAUGGGGGAAUUAUCUGGCCAUUUUUACAUACCCAGGACAUGUACUUUGUAUUUGUUCAACUGUUGUCAAGUGGUUCUGCUUGGUUUGCCAUAAUCCUCAUAGUAGUUGCUUGUUUGUUUCUUGAUGUUGUGAAGAAAGUGCUGUACAGACACCUACAACCAACGAGUACCGAAAAAGCUCAGAUGUACUCCAACAGAGUUGCUUUAAGUGACGAGUUCAUCGCACUGCAGCCAUUGUCCAGGGCCAGGAAUCAGCUGAGCAAAAUUAGCUUACUGAGGCAGGUUCAGGUAUCAACUGCUUGGACUCCAUGUGCUGCGUCUCAGCUGGGGAAGCAGCAGGCGCAUCUCUUAGAGGAGUGCUGGAGCGAGUGACGGGGCGGUGCGGCGCCGGCCGGCCCAGCAGAUCAUGGAGUUCAUCGGAUCCCUUCUAUGCCAACGACAGAAGCAUCUUGACUCUCUCCACAAUGGACUCGGCCACUUGUUGACAGGGACGUUUGUAGCUGGCGCGUGGAAGGCGGGUGGUGUCAUGCACCCACCGCGGCCCCGAGGCCGGCUCACGCCUGAGCCCUGCCCUCGGAAAGAGGAGCGUGACUUCUAAACGCACGCCGCGGCUUGUCUUGUGCCUGGCAGGGCUCGACUGCUGUCCAGCCGCUUCCAAUAUUUUUUUUUCUAAUUAUAUCCACAAACUGCUAAAUUAUUUUUUGUAAGGAACGCUUUUACCUCCGACCAUUUAAUCUUUUCGUUACCGUAUGAGCGGUUGGAAUGCUGCCGUUGACAGCGGAGAUGCCAGCGUAGUGCAGUGACAAAUGCUUCCUUCUCCCAAAUCGGAGCGAGCCAAUAGAACUGAAUUUGCACAAUGAAACUGUAAAAGUUGCGUUUUUCACGGCGACGCUUCGGUUGAAACACACACGGGUUAAUUCUGAGCUGUCCCCCACAGACGCUGUCUUAGCAGUUUGCAAAUCGACUGUGUUAUCUCCACGGAGGGUUACUGUAGCCUCCGAGCAAUCUGUUUGGUAAUUUUUGAGAGUUAAAUACAAUUCAAAUAUUUAUGCUGGUGUAUGAAUGGUUUAAUUAAAGUUUAAUUCAGAAGGCAGUCGUCUUCUAUUAUGCCCCGUGUGUUCUGUUAACAAUUCUUGAUCUUGACAUGGAAAAAGGUGUAAGAAUUGGUGGGUUGUGCAGAAAUCUCACUAGCAUAAAUGUUUUGAAUUAUUAAUCCUUCUAAAGUUGGGGAAUUUUUGCAUGUUUUAUUCUUUUUCAUGUAUUUUUAUUUGGUCGUGUUGUAUGUUGAAGAUACAAUUAAUAUGCAAUUAUCUUCCUCUGUCUGAGGGCUGUGGGUCGGCGGUGGCAGUGUUUUGGUACCCGAGCACGCCAAUAAAAACCAGCGGCCGCGAUGGCGCCUUCCAUGGUGCAUCUGGGGGUGCCGCCCUGGUCCCUGCGCAGACGGGUCUGGGGGGUGGCACCCGUUGCCUGUCCCCUCCGCCAGGGUGACCGAAGCUGCUGGUGGCUUUAGAGGGGGGGAUCAGUGGAGGGGCCGGGGGCAGAGCGGUGCCUCGGCUGCGGCCAUUGUUGCGGCGGAGGCUGGUAAAGACGCUGCUGCUGCCUCUGGCCCCGUGUUUGGGACCCAGCUGGAACUUGGUUUCUGACCCUGACCUCCCAUCGCUAAUUGGAAGAAUCUUCCUGGCAGACAGUACAAGAUGUAAAGCUGUGUAUGACAAUUACCUCCGGGUGGAAUAAACUAAUUAAACACAGACGGUAAAAAAACAUCUACCAGAACUUCUGUAAUAAAGAGGUGGUUCACCAGUAUUAUAGAACCAUGGAAUGGUUUGGGUGGGAAGGGACCUUAAAGCCCCCCCAGUGCCACCCCCUGCCCUGGGCAGGGACACCUCCCACCAGCCCAGGUUGCUCCAAGCCCCGUCCAACCUGGCCUUGAACCCCUCCAGGGAUGGGGCAGCCACAGCUUCUCUGGGCACCCUGGGCCAGGGGCUCGCCGCCCUCACAGCCAAGAAUUUCUGCCUGAGAUCUCAUCUCAGUCUCCCCUCGGCCAGUUUGAAGCCAUUGCCCCUCGUCCCAUGGCUCCCCUCCCUGCGCCAGUGCCCACUCGGCUUCGGUGCUGCCUCCCAGGCAAGUUAUGGGCAAAUACUUGUUAUUUCCCAAUUCAGGCAGCCGCGCCCCAGUAUGACGCCCCGGAGCACCCCCUGCUAUGGUCGCCCCGGGCUCCUUGCACCAGGGGAUCCGCGUGCUCCCGCCUGGCAGCGGCUCUGCUCCCCCCUGGGACCGCUGCCGUUGCCCUUCUGGGGGCACUGCGGGGGUGCGCUGGUGAUGGGCCGGCGUUGAUGGUGGGUCGCGUGGCUCUGAACCCCGGGCUGCGGCUGGGGUGUGACGGUCCCGCGGGUCAGGGCAACGUUUGUGCAGGACAGAACCGGGCACCGCAGCCUCGGGUCUGGCACUUGCAGCUCCUGAGGGUUUUGUCCCGGGCGCGGAGGAAAACCAGUCGCAGACUGGUUCAGCGGCUCAAAAAGGGAAUUAGGAAACGGGAGAAACAAAAUAAAAAUAAAGCAAAUUUUCCUUUUAAAUCCGUGCUGAGACCAGCGGUUCUAGCGGAGGUCUGGACCGUGCCUUCAAAUGCGGCGAAGCUCGGGCUUGGACGGUUCAGCCCUACUCUGGAGCCCCGCAGCGAGCGCCCGGGUCAUUAAGACUCGCUGCUAAUUGAGCGACCACACACAUAAUCAUGCCUGCGCCGUGUGACGGGUCCGGCCGUGUGCCACCUCCGGCCGCGCACAGCCCGGGGCCUGCCUGCCGGGGAGUAAACCGGUUCGCACCCCCCAGGCCCCAAAAAAACUUACCCGGGGACACAGCAGCAACAGCAUCCAUUGGGACUGCACCCGCCCCUGUAACCGUCUUGGUAGCUCAUGUCUGUAGUAGUGACUCCGUUCUUAAACUAAUGGUUUUCUCCGUAGUCGUUUCCCAUUCUGAGUCUCCAUGCCGCCAUGGGUGCCUGGGAAAUACGGAUUUGUUUGAAAUGCUCCUGUCAGAUCUCUGCUGUCCCCGUCCCGUCUGAAUCACAGCGUGUCACUCCCCACAAGCGCCUGUUUGUCCGUGUCAGUCCUUCUGUCCAUCUGUCCCCCGGCUCCUGUCCCACAAACGGGGCGAAUCCUGUGCUUUGGGCCACAGCCCCGCUCCAGGCGUUCAGACUGGCGGAGCUCUGUGCGGGUCGCGGGGGUCUGGGCUCUCGCCACACCAACACGUCGAUUGUAUUUGCACAAAAGCAGCAGAGCCCCGUGGCGGAAGAGUAACCGCCGGUCAUCGUGUGUGUCCUUAAAACCUUCCGUCUCCUCUCCUCCCUUCCCGCCCCGCUUUCCCUUUGCCCGGUGUUUGUCAGGUUACGGAAGAAACGCCUUUAAGCAAUUCAGGAAGAACUUAAGACUCCGUCUGCCUGCCAAGGUAUAUUUUUCUAUUGGCAGUGAACCUCAAGCAGUGAUGGCUCGUUUCGCAAGACCGCAGAGCCGGGUUGCAAAAGGCCACAGGUUUUGGUCUGACAAAUGCUUUGAAGACGUGACCGUGGGUUUGACCCGGUGUCACGAAGUUUGCAAAACGGCUUUCACGCAAGGCAGGAGCGGCCCGGCCCGUGCAGGUCUUCGCCGGCUCAAGGUGUCGGGGCGGGGGGAAUUCUCCACGGACCAGAAGAACCCGCCGCGGUGGGCGCCUGCCCUUGGGUGCGUGAGGGGCUGCGGGAGAAGCGGCCGCGAGAGCCGGGUCGGCGUCACCCACCGCUCGCCCCGAAACGCCUCGGGGGCGUCAGCGGGGCCGGGGGGGCCUGGGCUGGGUGACGGGCACAGCCCGCUGCCCUGCGCCACUGGGGCCUGCAGAAGGGCCCCUGCUCUCCCCAGCUUUUAGUUCUUCUGUGAGAAAUAGGGCUGGGGUUUGUUCCUCCGAAAAAACGUCGUUGCCAAACUCCACGCUUUUUGAAGGCGCAGCGGGGAAAAAAAAAAAAAAAAAAUGAAGUGGGUAGAUGCUCUGAAUUGUUUCAUGCACUACAAUGUAAAUGUUCUGCUUAAAAGAUUCUGUAUAUUUUUAAGGUUAUCAGUGGAGGGGGACCAAAUACAUGCAAAGGAAGGAAUGCUGAAAACUUGGCUUUACUUUUUCAGAAUUAUUUUCUUGUUUUUUCUCGUGCAAAAGAUUUGAGAAAAGAUUACGCAACUUCUUAGCAUGUGUAGUAGGCACCUACCAUUUCUUACUGCAAACUUUUGGUAAUACUUUCAAACUUUUUUUUUUUUUAUGACAGUAUAACCCCUAUAUUGAAAAAAAACUAUCUCAUUUUCUAGUGUUAGAACUGUCGCAAAGCUUUAGUCUACAUUAUUUUUAAUAGUUUUAGCUGACACUUUUAAACGUUAGUGAUUUGGGUGAAAUCCAGUGUUCAGAAGUGCUCAGCCACAAUGUCCUUCGGAACCAUUUCUUUUGAGAUUCUUUUUCUUGGUGUAAAAGACGCAGUAACUCCCCCACCGCUGCGGGUGCGGGGUCCCCGGCGCUGAGCCAUCGGGGACACCUGGGCAGCACCGACGCCGUGUGGCCUUUCGGCUCUCCCUGAACGGCCCCCCCGGUUACACGCUCGUCCGUGCGGAGCUGGGGCUUUUCUGUGCCUGUUUUUACUGUUGGUAGCUUUGUCUGUUCUUUGCUUCUGUUGUUUGCGUUGUGGCGUGUCGGGUUCUGCUCCAGGUGCGUCACCAGGCGGACAACGGCUCGGCUGCUCCCGGCAUCAGCUCCGGCCCUUGGUGGCUGUCGCAGCACUCGUGGCCGCACCGGCUGUGACUGUGCCACGGCUGUGACUGCGGCGGUGUUGGUGUGUCCAGUUUGUAGAACUGCAUUAACAUAAAUAAAACCAUGGGCCGAAGCCCCCUCUGUGCACCACGAAGGGGAAAGAAAUGAAAUGCACUUUAUGUGGCACAAAGUGUAACUUGUCGGCUGUGCACGUGAACGGCCCUGGGUGAAUAUUAGUUUUUCCUCAUCCAUUUUAAAGGAGAGUAUUUUUUCCUACAGCAGUAGGGUCUCAACCACUUCCCAUUUUAACAAUAGGAUAAAGCUAACCUAUGGGGCACAUUGUUUGUUUAGAAAAGGGAAAAAUGGUUAAAAAUGAGCCUUACAUGCAGCUAUGACUAAGAUACCAUCAUGUCAGCAAAGAAUAUAUUUUUACAAUGGCCACUUAUGGGCCCAGGAGAGGUUUCAGGUCCGAUGCACACAAAAAACCCCACCCAACUCAUUGACUCCUG